UUUCCUCAAAUUUUGUAUAUUGACUCAUCUAUAUAUUUUCAAUAAAUUUCAACCGUACACAUUGAAAAAGAUCCUUUUGUGCUUAGAUUUUUGGAAUCUUGUAUACAUACCUUGUUUGCUACCUCAUUCAUGAAUUUCCUUUCUGUCUUGCGUUCUUUGCAUGUGAUUGAGAAAUAACAUUAUUUAUUAGGGUUUUCAAUUUGUAUGUAGUUGGCUAGUUUUGGUAAGUAUAUGAUUAAUGGCUAGAGGUUGGUAAGUUAGUACUUAUUUGAUACAUUUAUGUAAGAUUCCCAAAAUUAAACUCUUGCAAAAAUAUUUUAAUUUUAAUUUUUCAAAAAAGGGGAAAUUACAUAUUUGGCCGCUAGGUCAAAACCAUUAACAGCUCCUAGCAAAUACUAGUAUACAUUAAACAAUAAAACAGUACUCCUAUGUUGCAGCAACUACAUUGUAAAGACAGUUCAGGAUCACCUGUAGUUCAUUUCUGAGCUGAUGAAAAUAACCAGAAGAAAAGAUGCUUAAGAGAUCCCUCACAGACUUUCCCUUUCUAAACAAAGAAAUGAUUGGAGCUAGAGUUGUAGGGGGUACUCUAAAGAAGAGAACCCCUCCAAAAAUUGGCGUAUGCCACCGAGUGCAGCGCUCACACGGUAUUCUUUAGUAAAAGGCGAAAGAAUAGUUCGCUCUGUGCUCACUGCGUGGCUGCGUGAGCUUUACAAUAGCCAGUGCAUCCCUUUUUAUAUUGUAACAAAGUCUGGAUUUACUCUUUCUUUUCGAUGUGUGUGUAGGUGAUUGUGAAGAGGUAUAUGCUCACCAGCUGAUCGACGAAAUGCUGCACAGAAUGAUUUGGACUAAAUAUCUUGAGUUUCUGAUCCAGGUUGGUGUUUAAUUGCAUAAUGGAGGACCCAAUUAGGAUAAGCAGAUCAUAUAGCAGUUGUCGGUCGAUUAAAUUGCAUGGUUUAUAUUUACUUUAAGUUUGCCUUACAAUGGCAUUUAGUACUAGGAACCUUAUGUUUACGUUAAUUGGUUAUAGCCUGAAAAGAUAGUGACGUGGACCAAGUGGUGGAUAAAUAAAAAGCCUAAUAUUAAAUAUUAUGUGUGUGGAUAAAUAAAAGGUCUAAUAUUAACUAUUGGCCUGUGAUGGGUAGACACUCUUUAUAAAUAGAGGUCAAUCCCCCUUUCCCUAGCUAUUAGAAAACCCUAGCGUAUUCUACCUCUAGAAUACGUGGUAACGGUAGACGUCCCAUCAGUCAAGUUCUCCGGGCUGCGAGAGCGCGUAGCUAGUGGAUCGUGGAAGUUGGUCUCACACUUAAUCGUCGUUUGCUGUCGUUGAUGUAUUCAUGGAGUUAAACGGUAUGUUUCCUUAAACUCUAACUCUAGAUUGAUUGCAUAAUUGUGUCUUAAUCUCUACUAUGGCUGCGAUUUAAUAAUCUUACAGUUGAUAUCAGAGCCACCAUAGUUAGAGAUUAAGAUCAAUGAAUUAAUCUUAGGUUUCGAAAUAUUUAUAUUGUUGUUGAAUUUCGGACAAUGUAACAACAUUAGAAAAGUUGUUACACGGUCAGUUUUUGGAUGAAUUCAUCUUUGGCGGCUAUAGUCCGUAAUUCUUGUUUCUACAAAAUGGGUUUUAACCCAUUGUAAUGGAACCGAAUUUAUUAUACAUGGAAGGUUAUAGCUUGAUGUCGACGAUGAUAAUUUUGAUCAUCAAUUUUACUUUAAAGAUGACGGAGGCACAUCAACUGUAUGUUUCUGUGGAAAUAUUGUUUUAACCUGGUGGAUAUUGUCUUUAACUAAAUUAAUCUUUUAUUCUUUUAAUUCUUUGGCCCACAAUUCUAGAAGUAAUUAUAUUAUCCAAAAAUUUGUGUUGUUGUCAAUUAAGGCAAACAUGGAAUGUUGAGUGCUUAGUCAGAACUAAUCUAAGCACCUUUUGUGACUUAUGAAGAACGUCUUUAUCCGAUUCCUUAAUUUUAUUACUUGAUCAACUUGAUUUGUGUUUGAUUAUUAUAAUUAGGUGUGUCUGACUGUUAGCAUAUCAUAAACUUUAAUAAUAAAAUUGUUUGUUAGAAACUUUUCUUGAUACUUAGUCAGAGGAUGGAGUUAAUAAAUAAAAUAUAUUAUAAGGUAUGGGGAUUAUUUUUAUCACAUUUUAAAUAAUAAUUUAUGAUUAAUAAAUAGUUUCCAUCAAAGUGGUCUAUUUAUUUGGGGUCAUUGGAAAUUCUAAAAAUUUUAUACAUGUAAAAUAAUAUUAUACGUGGAUUGAGAAUUAUGAUUAAUAGAUAGUUUCCACCAAAGUGAUCUGUUUAUUUAGUCAUUGAAAUAUUCUCAAUUCACCAUGUCUAAAUUGUCCUUUACUAGUGUGCGUUAGUGUUGGAGGUUUACCUUUUGAUACUAGUGACGCUAAAUUAAUAUGAGAAUAGAUAUUGUGUUUUCCACCUAAAGGAGGAACAUAAUAUCUUGAAUUCUCAUGUGUAUAAAUAAGGAUAAUUUGUUAUAAGAGAAAGGCUUUGCGUUUCUUACCUAAAAGAAGGACGCAAUGUAUGCCUUGUACUCUUGGAUAAAGGGGAGUAGGUUUUGUAUCUCUUGCCUAAAGGUAAGGAUGCAGUGAAUGCCUUGGACUCCUUGAUCUUUAAAAGGGGAGACAGUUGCAUCUUCUACCUAAAGGAGGGGUGUAAUGGAUGUCUUUGACUCUUUUGAUUUAUAUAUUCUUGCCCAUAAUUUUAUUUAAUUUUUGUGUGUUUGCUUAUACAGCUGUUAACAACAUGACUACUCAGUUGAAUUUCAUUGAAACUCUGACUAGUAGCAAUUACAAGAAGUGGAAACAGGAUGUUGAGAUAGUGUUAGGCCUGAUGGACCUGGAUUUUGCAUUUAUUGAACAGAAACCCGCUGAACCCACAACUACUAGCACUACUGAUGAAAAGGCUAAGUAUGAAAAAUGGAUGAAGGCUAACAAAUUGAGUCUUAUGAUCAUGAAGAGAUCCAUUUCUGAUCACAUAAAAGGUGCAAUUAAGGAUAAUGGAAAUGCAAAAUAUUUCUUGAGUGCCAUUGGACAGAAAUUCCUAGAAUCUGAUAAAGCUGAGAUAGGUAAUCUGAUGGAUUCCCUGUCUACCAUAAAGUAUGACCUUGUAGGUAGUGUCCGUGAUCAUAUUAUGAAAUUGGUUAACAUUGCUACCAAACCGAAUAAUUUAAGUGUAACCAUUACCGAUAAUUUUCUUGUUCAUCAAUCUCUAAGGUCAUUUCCUCAGCAGUUUAACCAGCUUAAGACAACCUAUAAUGCACAAAAGGAUAAAUGUAGUGUUGAUGAACUUAUUACUGUUUGUGUGGUAGAGGAAGGGAGUAUUCAAAAGGAGAAAGUUAAGGGUAUAGUGAAUUUUGUUAGUUCGUCUAAAUCAGCUGAUUAUCCCUCUUAUAAAAGAAAAGGUGGACCCAAAUUUUACAAAAAAAAACAUGGUCAGUCUCAUUGUCCAGGUGGUAAUAGAGGUCAUACUAAUAAGCCUGGUGUUAACCAAGGUCAGUCUCAUAAUCCUCUUGGUCCCCAAGCUGUAAUUAAGAAAGAAAUCAAGUGCUGCGAUUGCAAACAAGUAGGUCAUAAGAAAUUUGGUUGUCCUCUAAAAAAGAAAUCAAGAUCUAGUAAGCAGACGGAAGCCAAAAGAGGAUGAAGCCAGUGUUGUUGUGGGCAAUGGACUCAAAGCAAAAGUAGAGUUUAUAGGGACAUCUAUUUUACCUUUUAAAAAUAAUUCUAGUAUUCGUUUAGAAAAUACUGUUUUUGUACCGUCUAUGAGACAGAAAUUAGUUUCGGUUUCCCUUUUGGACAAAGUUGGUUAUUCAUUUCAACAAAGUAAUGGUAUUAUUAAAAUUUCCUAUGAUUCACGUGCUGUUGCUGAUGCCUUUUUAAGUGAUGGUCUAUAUCGCUUGAAUAUAUUGAAUGAAACAUUUUCUGCAAUGCAUGUUGAAAAUAUUGCCCACAAAAGGCCUGCUUUGAGUAAAACGUCUUACCUAUUAUGGCAUAGGCGUCUUGGUCAUAUUUCUAAAGAAAGAAUUGAACGAUUGAUAAAGGAAAAUAUUUUAUCUGUUCUUGAUCCAAAAGAUUUUGAAACUUGUGUGGAUUGUGUUAAGGGUAAAAUGACCAAGGUUAAGAGAAAGGGUUUCACUAGGAGCUCUGAACUCUUAGAAAUAAUUCAUACUGAUAUUAGUGGACCUUAUGUACCUAUUUUAACCAAUCAUAAGUAUUUUAUUACUUUUAUUGAUGACUUUUCAAGGUACUGUUAUAUAAUAUAUAUGGACAAAGUUUGGUGAUGAACUCAAGUUCACCAUUUCUUGUUUUUUGAUAAGAUGGACAAAGUUGUUAUAAGCUAUGGACUUAUUGGAAAUGUUCUGUUCUGACUACUUUUUGUAUGAAAAUCAGUUAUUAAUUGCUUGAGUGAAGAGACAAAAUUAACUUGGGAGGUCAAGAAGCUUGAGGUUA